AUGCAUCGCCUCCAGUUCCUUCUUACAUUCUGCGAAGCUGAGGAGAGUCCCCGGUCCAUGGCUCUACACCAAAAGUACGGACCCAUUGUGCGAAUUGGGCCAAAUGAGGUCUCCUUCAAUAGUCUGUCUGCGCUGCGGACGAUAUAUGGUGCCGGCAGUGGCUUUGAGCGGACUUCCUUCUACCAAAUGUUCGAUGUUUAUGGCCGCCCAAACCUCUUCACGUUUGCUUCAGGAAAGCAGCAUCGCGAACGAAAAAAACUGAUUAGCCACAUCUACGCAAACCAGAGCGUGCUUGGAUUUGAUGCCGCACAGCUGGUCAAGCGGAAAGUGACAGGGUUUCUGACACUUUUGGAACGAGAGCCCGGCCUCGGGAAGGAGAUCUUUACGAGUUUACAUUACUUCUCCUUUGAUGCCAUAUCCGAAUUCGUGUAUGGUCCGGAUCAUGGGGGAACGACUGCGUUAUCGGGAUCCAAACAGUCCCGAGAGCUGAUUCAAGACAUCCUCAACUCGGCUCGUAGGAGAUUGGCAUGGUUCACCGUUUACUUUCCUUCUUACACAAAGUGGAUAACGACCCGCACAGGUCUGCUGGAGAGAUUGCUGACUUCGACGGGCCUGAUGCCUAUGCGGAAACCUUUCACAUAUUCGGGAAUCCGUCAGCAUGCAUUAAAGGCAUUCUACAGUUUCAAAAAUGCACCAGCUGCCGUGCAAGCAAAGGCUGCCGAAAGCACAGUUAUUGGCCGCCUCUUCAAAGUGCGAGAAGCUGCGGAUUUAUCUGACUUGGACAUUGCAUCCGAAUGCGCCGACCACCUCCUAGCCGGCAUUGAUACGACUUCAGAUUCUCUCAUGUUCAUGAUCUGGGCACUCUCGCUACCUCAACAUAAGAAAUACCAAGUCAAGCUGAGGGAGGAGCUGUCGCACAUCUCCGUGGAUAGCCAGGGGAUUCCAGAGCCCAAGGACUUGACCCAUUUACCCUACCUGAACGCGGUCGUACGAGAGUCUUUGCGGCUGUAUGCUCCUUUACCUACCUUUGAGCCGCGGUCUUCGCCAGUCGAUAUGGUAAUCGAUGGCUAUGAGAUUCCUGCAGGCACCAUCGUGGGUAUGUCACCAUAUUGUCUACACAGGGACGAGACCGUCUAUCCUUGUCCACUGGCCUUCAAGCCAGAAAGAUGGCUCACAUCUUCCGGCACACUGAUCCCAGAAUCAGACCUCAGGAAUCGAUAUUUCUGGGCCUUUUCUAGUGGUGCACGAAUGUGUAUCGGGAUGCAUCUAGCUAACGCAGAAAUGCUCACCUUGCUGGCUGCGUUGUAUCGGAAGUACAAGACAUCUGCAGAACAUCCCGACACGUCGCCUGGUAUCACAAGCCGCUUUGAAAUUUUCUCCGACGAGACGAUGCCCAAAAUGGUGGAACAUGAGUGUCUGAUUGACUUUGUGAGGCUAGAGCCAGAUGCUUGA